AUGGACGAAACUACACGGCUGGAGUUGAAAAGCCUCAGUUCAGCGACUGGGUCGCGGAUAUCUGGAAAUGCUUCAAUCCUACACUCUGCUGGUGUUGGAGAGUCACUUCGACAAUCUUCGCCGUCCUGGCUCAGGAGAGUCGGCUUAGCUGUGCUACUUCUUCUCAUCCCUAUCGCAUAUGCAGCAUUAGGCUCCAUGGAGUUCCUGCUGACCAGCCAGACCACGGCCUCUGCCCUGAAAAACAUUCUCACGAUGGGGUGGAUUGGUAGUUGGGUAAUAUGCGUCAUUGCAGUAUGGUCCCUAAGUCCUUUAGGAGGUCAAGCCGCACUCCGCUCAUUAGGUCUUCAGCAAAAUCCGAUGUUCACGGAAUUAUCGGUAACAUACUAUCUUGGUAACAACAGAAGUGAGAUCUACCAGUACUAUCGUUCUGGAGCGAGUGUGUUUAUUGGAGCAUCGGCUGAACAGUCUAUGAUUUCUGAUAUGAGAACCGUUCUCUCUGCCUCGUUUUCAACACAGGAUGUCCUUGUCUCUCAUGCCAACACCAGUAGUCCACACUACAAUGAUAUAAUAACUGACCUUGGCGGGAAGUGGGAAGCGUCUCGCAGAGGACGUAGGGACCUAUGGAGGAAUAUUCGGAUACCUUUCCUGGAACUCCUACCAGCAUACGAUGCCAGCGACCCUCAUACUUGGAUUUCCGUUCCCGAGUAUGAAAUCGUCCCUUAUGCUUCGUUGAUUGGACUUCCGAUCAGAGCCUUCAAUGGGAGCGAAUGGGCCAGAAGUGGUUCCAUGGCGCCAUGGUCUCACAACACUAGUUCCAGUGUUCCUCUAAGUCAACAAUACAAUGGUAGAUUAGAGCCAAAUAUGGUGUACCCGAAUAUCUGGUUCGAUUUCCCUAAUAGCGCAACAAUCACGGAGCAUUUCACAGCAUCAUUCGAAACGGAGCCACAGUCAAAAUUACAGCUUGUGAUGGGAGGCUUAUGCACUACUGCUGUGGGCGAAAAAUCGGAGAUUCUAAGGCUUUGCGAUAUCAGCACCUCGUAUAUCGAUAUGGAGGUUGCUUGUAGUAGAGCAACAGCUGAUGCCGACCUCGUAUGUCAGGCCAAACAGGCUAGGCACACACCAUCAUACCCAAUCAAGGGAAACCUGACGGCGCUAUCAAGCCUCAAACUUUCCAGAGGGAUUUUACGGGAACUAUCAUCCACAGGCGCGAGUCAUCAUGUUGAUGAAUCCAGCACCCUCGAAAUGUACUUGAGAGACCCUCUGGGUAUUUUCCAGCGAAUCUUUGGGGGAUAUAGAGAUGAUCCGGAGACUGCUGACAGAUUUGCAUGCUUAGCCUCUCUUCCACCAGAGGUCAUUGAACGAAGACUCGCGACUGCUCUAAAUACGAUUACUAUGUCGACCUAUGAAGUGAAUGUACUAAUUGGCGGUAAAGGAUUAUUCUUGGAUGGAGGGGGACCAGUGCUCUGGCAGAAUACUACAGCAACAUGGACGGAGUUUGACAAGGAUAUGUACAAGCUGAAUAAGCCGUGGUUCAUUACGACAAUGCUACAGACGGUGAUAUUGAUGAUUUGCGCUGUUGACAAUAUCGUUGUUCGCCAGCGUAUCAAAGCCCCCGAUUUUCUGGAUAGUGUCGCCGGGUUGACAAGAGAUUCUCCAUUCGUAGAUGUCUCUCAAGACGGAAGUGGAAAAGGUGGUUCAGACAGACUUGAAACGAUCAAAGAUGCCAAGGUUCGGAUUUGUGUUGUUUAUCCAGAGCGAGAGAUUGGGAAGAUUGCUUUGACGACUGAACUAAGCGGUCCAAAGCUGAGAUGGGAGCGGAGCUAUGCUUAG